AUUUAACAAUAAAUAAAAUCAAUAGGUUAUGAAUUUGAUGAAAUAGUGUCUUAACAUAAAAGUAAUUUAAUGAAGAUCAUUUCGUCCUAAGCGGGCGUAAUUAAAAUAAAAUAAAUAUAUUGAAAUUAAAAUAAUUAAUUGAUUUUUAACAUGCAUUGCAUUCGUUCAAUAAUUUCCAUUUUAAAAUGCAAUCCAACAGGUAGAAUAAAACCAAAAAUUAAUAUAUUGAAUUAUACCAAUAAUAAUUCAUAUACAGGAUACAUAUACAGAUGUUAUUCUAAAAUAAAUGAAGAUCACUCGGAUGACAUUGUAAAUGAACUUUGUAAUGGAGAUCCAGAAAAAGAGAAAAUGUUAAGAAUAUUGAUGCUUGAAGUAGAGGUGAUGCGACAAGAUGGUCGAUGUGCUCCUAAUAAUUUACAAAAUAAACACUGGCAACAAUUAAUGCAAUUGGAAACUCGGAAUCAAAGAACCAAGUAUUUAUUAUACUUGUGGAAGACCGAAAAAUCCAAGGAAAAUCAAAAAGCAAAAAAAGAAGCCAGAAGAAAAGAACUUGAAGAAAUGAAACCUGAAGCAAAUAAAGAAUAUUCAGAUGAUAUCACAUAUGGAAUUUGUGAUACAUCAUUGUUCCUACGCAUCCGUGACCAGUCAAUAAACAAUUUUGACAACUACAGAACACUACAAGCACAGUUACACGGUCUACCUAUUGUUAUAGAUUGUUCAUAUGAGGAUUACAUGGUCUAUAGAGAAGCAGUAAAUGCAGCAAAACAGAUGACUUUUGUUUUUGGUGACAAUAGAAUUCAUAGGGAUCCAUUUGAUAUACAUCUAUGCAAUGUGACCAGGGAAGGAAGCUUCAUGAAACAGCUUGAAAAAAAUAUACCUUCAAUAAAAGAGUCAUGGUUCCCAUUAAAUAUUCAUACAAAAAGUUACCUUGAUAUCUUUCCCAAAAACAAAUUAGUAUAUCUUACACCUCAUUGUCGUGAAGAACUCACCAAAUUCGAUUAUGAUACUGUUUAUAUUAUUGGAUGCAUGGUAGAUAAGGUAAACAAUGAACCUCUAUCUCUAGCAAAGGCUAAAAGAGAUGGAAUUAAGAUGGCGAGAUUACCACUGGAUAGGUAUUUGGAAUGGGCCCCAGGUGCAAAGAAAAAUCUCAAUAUUAACCAUAUGGUUCCAAUAUUAUUAGAUUUAAAAUCUACUGGUAAUUGGGAGUUUGCAUUACGGCACAUUCCAAGAAGAAAGUUAAUGGAAACAAAGAUAUUAGCAAUGCAAAAUAUAUUAAAAAAUACACGACUAUCAAAUGAUGAAGUAUUCAAAAAUCUAAAACGGUAUUCUAAUUUGAAAGGUGUAUCAUUAAAAAAUAGAAGAUCGAAUUCAAGAAAAUCAUUGUAUGAUGAUGAAUAAAUAAAAUGAAUUCUUAAAUGUAAAAUUAGAUUCUUUUGAACAUGUCUUUAUUUCAUUUUAUAUUAACAUUUUUCUUUCAUCCGUCACAUUUCAUAUUUCACGAGAAAAGUUAAUUUCCAAUUUUCACUAAUAUUUAGUAAAUCAAACCACUAAUGAUUAUUCUAUUUUUUGUACAACAUACUCUAAACAUAAAAGUAUAUACAAAAAGGGAAGUCAACUGUUAUGUUCAAAUAUUAUAGUUGCACACUUGCGCAUUAGUAUAAUACAUCCAUCUAUUGCACACUACUAAAUUGUUUACAUAAUUCAUAUGUACGCUUCACAUAUUUUCGUUUAUCAUCUCUGAAUUAAAUCUAUUUUGAAAAUCAUAUAUUAUAGUGCAUAUCUUCACGAUAAUAUAUAUAAA